AACCCGAACGUUGAAACCGUCUCUCUCUCCCUCUCUCUCUCUCUCUCUCUCUCUCUCUCUCUCUCUCUCUUCUACGCCGACCUUACUCGUACAUAUAAGUAGCGUUUCCCGGCCAUUGAGAUGGAAAAGGAAACAGAGACUGGCGAUUCAUAGCUUUCUCUCUCUACGCAUUCGGAGAAACCUCACCGCCCAUUCGUUUUGAUUAUCUGCCCGGUCCUCGCCGGUUUCCAGAGAAAAUCUGUGAGAGAAAAUUCUCAGUUGGACCCAAGGGACGAGCUUUCUUUCGAUCUGAGGUGCGGCCUGUCCGGUAAAUGGUGAUUGCGGGUGCGACGGAAGAGGAAGAGAACACGCACAACUCCAUGGCGAUGGGCCCUGAGAGAUCCAAGCCUCUGCACAAUUUCUCGAUGGGGUGUCUGAAGUGGGGGAACCAGAGGUUCCUCAGGUGCGUCAAAAUUGAUUCCGAAGGCGCUGGUCCCGCCGUCGGCCGCAGAUCGCCGGAUUCUGGGAUGGAGAAAUCCUUGGUGGUUCGCCGUCGCGAGGGUAAUUUCCAGAAGCCUGGAUCUCUCCAUUGUUCCAGAAAGUCCCCUUCGCCGGCGGCGGAGAUCGAAAAUUUGAGGAAGGGGAGGGUUGAGGGUGACGGCGACGACGGAAUUGAAGCGGUGAGGACGAAGCUCUUGCUCGAUCUUCAAGAGGCGGUGGAUAAGAUGAACUUUACUUUUGCGAGGGGAGGCAAGGCGGUGGCGGAGGAGUCAGCUCCCGCGGCGAGGCCGUGGAAUUUGAGGUCGAAGAGAGCUGCGUGGAUUGGCGGUGAUGGAGGAGGAGAGAAGACUUUGACAAUUGAUGACAGAGGACGCAUCGCCGAGAAGAAAGAGAGGCGGAACUUGACGGUGCAGCUUUCUCGGCAGGAGGUGGAGGAGGACUAUUACGCGAUUUUGGGACAGAGGCCCCCGCGGAGGCCGAAGAAGCGGGCCAAGAUUGUACAAAAUCAAAUGGAUACUCUUUUUCCAGGCUUAUGUUUAACAGAAAUUACAGCUGAUAGAUACAAAGUUCCUGAUUUUCCCGAGUCUAGAUAGUUUCGAUCUCUCCCAAUUUCUUGUGCAAGGUAGAGCUUUCCUUUUGGCGAGGGUUGACAGUGUUUGGGAAUCGAGAAUUGUACAGAAAACUGAAUUUUCCAGGAAAAUGUGGCGUGUUUGGCUGGUGCAUUCGCCAGCUUGAAUGAGAUGGAGGAGGUAGCCGUUGCAUAACCCCAAGUGGGUUACCGUGUUUGAACUUUUUUUUUUUUCUUUCUUUUUUUGGAACUAAUUGCCAGCUUUUGAGUUAGUUUGAACUUUAAACCAAGGUUGGAGUAGGAUUACUUGAGGGGUACCCUACAUUGAGAAGGGUCACCGACUCGCCAGUCUUUCUGGAACUCCUGUUAAUAUGAACCAUCUUGGACAGAAUUGUCAAAAAAAAAAAAAAAAAAAUGUUACACGUAA